ACAAGAGAGAAGAGUUAAGCAUUUUGUUUCCUUUUCAUCAAUUAACAUUUGCAUUUGUGAAGGUUUUCCUGCUCUCCUGUAUUUCCAGCAGAAUCAUUCAUUUUAUUUGGCAGCCUACUGGCAGUGUCUUUAGCCCGGUUGAGACACAGGAUUCCCAAAGGGCAAGCUGGUCACACAGAGCUCAGUUUGCUUCGGUUCCCACUAACUUCCCUGGCAACAACUUUUGGUAUUCAGAGGUUUACUUAUGGCUAGCUUUAUUCCUUUUUUCCUUUCCUGUAGAUUUUUCCUUAGUGCAGAGAUUGUCAUAUCUUCAGUGGCUCAUCAGUUUCACUGGACUCUUCAGUUGUUUGCUGUUCCUUGUCAAGGCUCUGUCAGGAUGAAUAAAGACUAAGAGGGGAGACAGGGGAAAUUGAGACUUGUUUUCUGUUUAUUUACAUUGAUUUCAUUGAAGAGCAACAUCAGGACAUCUCAUAGAGUGUGUCAAAAUAGAAGUGGUAUAAAGUGGGGGAGAAUCACCCCCCUGGAUCAAUGUUAAGUCUGUGUGGAUGGUGCUGACGAUGGAUGGGGAUUUCCCCUGUGGCUGUGAAGUUGUUGCAGCUCACUGAUCAUUCUCCUGAACUUCCUGUGGAAGAUCCCACAAAAUACUAAUUUCUCUCUGACCAGUUUUUCAUUCUAGCAAUGAUCUUUGAGUGAAAUGUUUAAUUAAUCUCCACCUAAAUACUGAUUAAAAAGAGCUAUUUUGAUGGAGGCAGAAAAAACUACUGAAACAUCUGAGCUUGGCUGUUAAAUGACAUGAUCUCACUUAACUCCUUAAAGUAACUAUCCACGUCACCUAAGAGGGUAUGGCAAAGAUUUAUUCUAUUAGAGGUUAUUCUUUCAGCAGUGAGGUGAUUCAAUGUGAUUUACUUCUGGCCGUAUGAGCUAUGAUAGCAAGGCAGAGAUCUCCUGUCAGCAGUGUGCCCAGCGUCAGAGCAAUCCCUGUCCUGGAAGAAGGUAUGUGACCUACUCAGGGUUGAUUCCCCCCCUCCCCCCACUUCUGUGUGUGCUUUUUUUAAAAAAAUCUUCCUCCUUUUUUUUUUUCUCCUUUUUCUUUUUUUUAUUUUGGCAGACGUCCUUGAGCAUUUGAAACGGAUGUGAGAGAGUUUUUAGUCCUCAUGCAAAACAACCAACUAAACAUAACAGAUUACAUCAGCUCAGGCUUUUCAAUUCCUGGAUGGCAGCAGAGUGCUAAUCCAACCUUCAUCCUGGAUUUCAUAAACUGAAACAAGGGAGGCUGGCAGGAGCAGCGCUGCCGGAUUGAGGAAGCUGACGACGGUGCAACAUGUGGGCAACACACUUUAUAAAGCUCAUAAACUUGUAGGCUGAUGUGUGCAGCUACCACUUUGGAUUCUGUACUGCUGCUUCCCUCAGCAAGAGGCACCAGCAGGCUCAGCACUAAAACCUGCUCUUUGGGACGGAGCAUUUACCCCUGCAAGACAUGAAGGGCUUCCUGUUUCUCACACUCCUCCUGAUGCCCGUGCAUGCUGGAACUGCUUGGAGUGCGAAAUAUGCAGUAGAUUGUCCUGAGCCCUGUGACAGUAACGCAUGCAAAAGUACCUUCCGCUGUAAGCGAACGGUGCUGGAUGACUGUGGCUGCUGCAGAGUCUGUGCAGCUGCUCUGGGGGAGACUUGCUAUCGUACAGUCUCGGGUAUGGAUGGUGUCAAGUGUGGCCCUGGGCUGAAGUGCCAGUUUUACACUGAGGAGGAUGACUUUGGUGAUGAAUUUGGUAUCUGCAAAGAGUGUCCCUACGGUAGCUAUGGAAUGGAAUGCAGGAAAACAUGCAACUGUCCCUCUGGCAUCUGUGACAGAGUAACAGGGAAGUGUUUGAAGUUCCCAUUUUUUCAACUGUCUGCUUCAAAGCCUCCCAAUCGACGAAAAAUAAUUUCACACACAGACAAUGACAUGGCAUCAGGGGAUGGAAAUUCUGUAAAAGAGGAAUUUGCUAAAGAGAAAGCUAUUCACCCUCCAAUAAUGAAAUGGCUAAAUCCUCGCUGAUAUUUGCUUACACUUGUAAGACUUUCAAGUGAAUGCAUUUCCCACAGAUUAAUGAAUAUGCAACAACACACUUUAAGAACAAAGUAGAUCUAUAGCAUAUGAAAAUGUAAUCUCUGAAGGUCAAUUGUGAUCUGUUUUUAAUGAGAAAAAUGUUUACUUUAAAAUAGACUGUACAGUGUAUAUGAUUUUUGAUAUUUGUUUUGAUAAGUAUUUGAACAGAAAUGUAUUGUGGAUUCUUGAAUGUAUAGUAAAACUGAAAACCUAACAUGAUCAUUUAAAUAAUGCCAGAGGCCAACUCCUACAGCCAGAGGCUGGGAAAGCUCUCACUGAAAUCAUGGGACAGUUUGGGUGAGUGAUACUAUUGACGUGGAGCCAACAUGAAAGAAACAAAUCCCAGGACAGAAAGCAACACCCCUGAAUCUCAAUAAUAAUAACAUGGGAGAACAACAGUGUGAUUAAAUUAACCAACAUUAGUUGCUAGUAAUUUUCUGGGUUUUGGAAGUUUGGUGACAAUUCCUUGGAGAUAAAUAUGCCUUUUUUCAGUGAGAAUAGACCCAGCACUUCAGUUUAUACAUUAUGAAUAACUUAGACAAAACACUGCAGACAUAUAUAGUAUUUAGGUGGAUUUCUAAAGCUAAAUUUUGUACAGAGAAACAGCAGAUUGGUAAAUUCUACUGAUUUGUAGAAGGGGAUCUGAAACAAAAGAAGCUGCUUACCAUUAUUUAAAUAUAUAUGUUUCUAUAAACCAACUAAUUAGUGCCAUUAAGAUGACAUCUGCAUUUUUUGGAGAAGAGUGGGUCCAAUGCAAGAGGCCAGCAAAUGGACCUUUAUAUUUUCCACCUUGAUUGUCGGCUACAGCCCAGAUCUGAUUCACAAGGAGUUUAUUUGAUCUAGUGUAGGGAAGACUCAGACCCUCAUCAAGUAGUAGUUCAGCCAAGACUACAGUAUUUUGGUAUCCAGUACUUUGUGUCUCAAUUGCAUGAGCAAGCUGUCCUGUUUCAGCCAGGAGAAUAACUUAUAUGUGUUAGUGUGUUGCAGAACUGGCAGACCCUCAUUCAGUCCAAACAGGACGGAUGAUACAUGUGUAAGUCGAAAAUCACCACUGAGGUGGAUUUGCUAAUAUGUCUGGAAACAACCAGAUACUCAGAUAAUAGAAAUUGGUGUAGCUGUGUCAAUGAACCUGGAUUGUGUGAGUUUAGAAAUUGCCUUGAAACGCAGAGCACUCCCAUUGGAAAUCUGGUUUGAAUUGAAUAAUUCCUUUGAAAUUGAUGUGAGCUUUGACAAUGACUUCAGUAAAAGAAGGAACAUAUAGUUCAGCAGCCAAAAUCUGAAAACAUACUUUUAAACUAGGAACAACAGAAACUUUUGAAGAGUUGAUCCAAGGCCAACAGCUGUGGAAGCAGGAUGCUUUCACCAGGGAAAGCAGAGAUUAAUCGUGCUGCUCUACAACAAGAGGAUGAUGACAACAAUAGACAUCCAGACAUCAGUACAGCAGUGCAGGCUCUCCUGCCAUGGUAAUUGGAGACAUAUGAAUGUAAAUUUCAAACUAGCAUAUACCACAUUUCAACUUGUGUUGAAUGUUAGGGUCUGAGAGGGAGCAAUUUUAUCUUGGGCUAUUUAAAAGCAAGUGUAUUGAUUCUCAUCUACUGAUAUCAAAAGUAAUUUUUUCUUGAUUUCAGUGAGAGCAGGAUCAAAUCCACAGUCCUUGAGCAGAUGAUGACAAUCAUUUAAAGAACAUAGUAAAUAUUGCAUACAUUAUUAAUAUUUUGCAAGUGUCAUAAAUGGCAUUAUGAGUUCUUGAAUGUAAAACUAAUAAGCUGGUUGGUUUUAAAAAAUGUAAGAUUAUUACUGUUCAAUUAAAAAAAAACAACUGAAAGCA